AUGCUUAAUACGCGAGGACCGAAUCAGCGCAGGUGUUUACUCUUAGCGAGCGUGGUGAAAAGCCAAAUACUAUAUGCGGCCCAAAUUUGGUCAAACGCGACACAGUGUCCAGAAUACUUCCGUGGUGUCAACUCAACAUGCCGUUUAUGCGCGCUCCAAAUUCGCAGCGCCUUCAGAACAGUGUCGGGCGAGGAAGCUUUCGUAAUCGUCAGUAUGAUACCCGUAGAUAUACUGCCGCGAGAAUCGACGGUCCUUGUAUCCACGCCGCGUACUCUAACUCAAUUAGACCGACGUCCAGCCCGGGAAGUCAGCAUUACGGAGUGGCAAACCAAGUGGAAUAGUACGACUAAAGUUCGUUGCACCUAUCGCUGCAUACCAAAUCUGGAAUCUUGGCUUAAUCGAACGCAUGGCGAAGUACAUUUUUAUCGUAGUCAGUUUUUGAGUGAUCUUGGCUGUUUUAAAGCAUACCUGUUUAAAUUCAAACAUGAGCACGACCCGUACUGCGACUUCUGUCGCAGUGCCGUGCAAAAAGAUGUCCACCACGAGUUCUUUGAGUGUGCUCGAUUCCAAAGGCAGAUGAACCAACUGAAACUAGCUGUUGGAGGGGUGUUCACGCCACAGUCAGUAGUCGGCUAUAUGGUGAAAGAAGCCAGUGAAUGGGCAUCAACCAGCGACACACUAACUUCAAUUUUGAAGCAACCAAAGGACCUAGAGAGACAGCGGCGUAUCACCCGUGAUUAA